UUGCUUGAUCAUUCAUUAUGGUUCAUUCGCUUGUGCGAAUUAGAAACGUGAAAUGUAUGUCUGUUUUCUUGUCGAAUAUGUGCAUCGUUAAUUUCUAGUUUCACGUAUCGCACUCACCACCAUUGUGCGCGGGUGUUUUCAGCGUUCUUUGUAACUGUCAAUUUGUUUCACAAUUUCUUCCGAAAACCAAUUAAUCUAUUCCAUUAUAAGUGGUAUAAAAUGGCAUCGCUGAAACUAUUAGUGAGUGGUGCAAGUGCCAUCGGUGCUAGUGCUCUUACUUCUUAUCUAUUAAUGUCCGAUAAUACAGUACAUGCGGAUGUAUGCAAUCCACGGCCAUUAAAGAGGCCUUUACCAACUAGAGAAGAACAAGUGAAAACAUUGAAGAAUACUAGCGAAUAUGAUGUUCUUAUCAUAGGUGGUGGUGCAACAGGAGCUGGAUGUGCAUUAGAUGCCUGUACACGAGGUUUGAAAACAGCUUUAAUUGAAGGAGAUGAUUUUGCUUCUGGCACAUCUUCUAGGAGUACAAAACUUAUUCAUGGAGGCGUUCGUUACUUACAAAAAGCUAUAAUGCAUGUAGAUAUUGAACAAUAUAAAAUGGUUAAAGAAGCAUUACAAGAACGAGCGUCUAUGUUACAUAGUGCGCCUCAUUUGGCUCAUCCUUUACCUAUUAUGUUGCCUGUAUAUACAUGGUGGCAAAUUCCCUACUUUUGGGUUGGUAUAAAAAUGUAUGAUUUUGUUGCUGGAAGAAAAACAGUAAAAUCAUCAUAUUUUCUCAGCAAAAGGAAUGCAUUAGAAUUAUUUCCCAUGCUGAAAGGAGACAAACUUACAGGAGCUAUUGUUUAUUAUGAUGGUCAACAAGAUGAUGCCAGAAUGAAUUUAGCAAUUGCGCUGACAGCCUCGCGACAUGGUGCCACAGUUGUAAAUCAUGUUAAAGUUGUUAAUCUUUUGAAAGGCCUUGAUAAGGAUGGCAAUCGAGUCCUUACUGGUGCACGUGUGAAAGACGAACUUACUGGUGAACAAUGGGAUGUGAAAGCAAAGGCAAUAAUAAACGCAACAGGUCCAUUCACGGAUCAUAUUAGAAAAAUGGAUGACCAAAAUGUUAAAGAAAUAUGCUGUCCUUCUUCUGGUGUUCACAUUGUUCUUCCAGGUUACUAUAGUCCUGAUCAAAUGGGUUUAUUGGAUCCAGAAACAAGUGAUGGCCGAGUGAUUUUUUUCUUACCAUGGCAAAAACAAACAAUUGCAGGAACAACUGAUUUACCCUGCGAAAUAACACAUAAUCCUCGACCCACUGAAGAUGAAAUUAUGUUUAUUUUACGUGAAGUAAAAAAUUAUCUUAAUCCGGAUGUUGAAGUUCGCCGGGGAGAUGUAUUAUCUGCUUGGAGUGGAAUUAGACCUCUCGUCUCUGAUCCGAACAAACCGGAUACUCAAUCUCUUGCCAGAAAUCAUAUUGUACAUGUUAGUCCUACAAAACUUAUCACAAUAGCUGGAGGAAAAUGGACGACAUAUAGAUCGAUGGCAGAGGAAACUAUCGAUGCAGCUAUUAAAGCUUGCGAUUUAAAACCUGAAAGACCCUGUCAAACAAAUGGUUUACUUCUCGAGGGAGCUCAUGGUUGGAGUCCAACGAUGUACAUUAGACUAGUUCAAGAUUUUGGUUUAGAGUGUGAAGUUGCACAACAUCUGGCUAAGAGUUAUGGGGAUCGUGCAUUCGCUGUAGCAAAAAUGGCUUCUCUUACUGGUAAAAGAUGGCCAAUUAUAGGCAAAAAACUUCAUCCUGAAUUUCCAUAUAUUGAUGCAGAAAUUCGAUAUGGAGUUCGUGAAUAUGCGAGAACAGCAAUCGAUAUGAUUGCAAGACGAUUGAGAUUAGCUUUUUUGAAUGUUCAAGCAGCACAAGAAGCUCUUCCAGGCAUCAUCGAUAUCAUGGCAGAAGAAUUACAUUGGUCACCAGAGGAAAAAAGCAGGCAAACAAAAGAAGCCAGUGAAUUUCUUGCUAAUGAAAUGGGACAAAUGGUCAAUCGUGCAUCUCGUGAUAAAAUUCCUAUUAAUCUCACAAAAGAAGAAAUUCAGUUAUAUAUUAAGCGUUUCGGAAUUAUCGAUAAAGACAACAAAGGCUACGUUUCUAUUAACGAUAUUAGACGAGGACUUAAGCUGUUCGGUGACAAAGAAGUACCUGGUGAAGAGCUUCAUGAAAUAUUGCGCGAAAUCGACACUAAUAUGAAUGGUCAGGUCGAAUUGGACGAAUAUCUUCAGAUGAUGUCGGCCAUAAAAUCUGGACAUGUGGCAUAUUCACGUUUUGCAAGAAUGGCAGAGAUGGAAGAGGCACAACAUGAAAAAGAAAUAUUGAAAAAACAGAUUAGCGUAGAAAGAUCAGGUGGUGGAUUGUAAAAAAAUUCACAUUCUGUGGCAUUGUAUAAUUUUUCGCAUGCUUCUAAAUGUGAUUCAUACGUUUAAUUCUGAUGAAUUCUUUCUUAUAGAAUUAUUUUUCAUUUUGAAUUUUCAUUGUAACUCAUUUUAGUACAAAUUUUUUAGAAUGAGUUUUAGGCAAAAUUUUCAUUAGAAUAUUUUAUUUUUAAAAUAUUUUUAACAAAUCUAUUCAUUUUUUUUCGUACUUUAUAUAAAUUUUUAUCUUUAUUCAACUUUCAAACUCUUAAUGAAUAAGACAUGAUGAAAAAAAGAUUUUAAACAUAUAAAUAUAAAUUAAAUACGGCUGCGCCGUAACUUAUCUAUUUUAAUAAUCAAUUUCAAAUAAAAACAUGAUCAUGAUACAAAUUUCAAUUUUAACAUGUAAAUAUUUUUAUGUAUAAUGUUUCAGUUUUCAUUAAUAGAACAGGUUUGUUCUAUUUCUAUAUCUGUAUAUAAGUUCUGAAAUGCAUCAAUAUAAUUAUAAAAUAUAUUUAUGUUUAAAAAUAUC